GGUGAAAGAGAAGUUUCCUCGAGCUCAUUCAACUGUAUAAGUACCCAUUUCUUCCCCUUCAUUCUCUUCACAACUCACAACCACAAAAAUACUACAUAUUCUCCACCCAUGGAAACUCAAUCUUGGGCUGUUCUAGCCCUCUCUUGGGUAGCUACAUUGUUCAUUCUUUCGAAAAUUUUCCCUUAUAACCAUAGGAAAAAUACCCUCCCACCGGGCCCUAAACCUUGGCCAAUCAUCGGUAACCUGAACCUCAUCGGUCCCCUCCCGCACCAAUCCCUCCACAAGUUGUCUCAAAAGUAUGGACACCUAAUGCAACUCAAAUUCGGCUCUUACCCGGUUUUGAUUGCCUCGUCUUCUGAGAUGGCAAAGCAGUUCCUCAAAACUUAUGACCAAAUCUUCGCCACUCGCCCUGAGACUGCGGCUGGCAAAUACACUACUUACAACUACUCCAAUAUUACAUGGGCUCCCUAUGGACCCUACUGGCGCCAAGGGCGUAAAAUCUACCUACACGAGCUUUUUAGCUCGAAAAGGCUAGAGUCAUAUGAGUACAUUCGUGUAGAGGAGAAAAAAGCCUUUAUGUCCCGACUCUUUGCCUUGUCAGGAAAGCCUGUUUUACUCAAAGACCAUCUUUCACGCGUUACUCUAAGCAUUAUAAGCAGAAUUGUACUGGGCAAAAAGUACUUCAGUGAAUCUAAACAUGAGGAAUCGAUAGUGACGCUUGAGGAAUUUCAGGAGAUGUUAGAUGAGUUGUUCUUGCUUAAUGGUGUCUUGAACAUAGGAGAUUGGAUACCGUGGAUUGAUUUUUUGGAUUUGCAGGGAUACGUGAAGCGAAUGAAGGCUUUGUGCAAGAAAUUCGAUAGGUUUCAUGACCAUGUGAUUGGUGAACACCAGGCUAGGAAGGAAGCAGAGAAGGAUUUUGUGCCCAAGGAUAUGGUGGAUUUGUUAUUGAAGCUGGCUGAUGAUCCAAACCUUGAGGUUAAACUCACUAGUGAUGGUGUCAAAGGAUUCAUUCAGGACUUGAUUGCUGGUGGUACGGACACUUCAGCAACAACUGUGGAAUGGGCAAUGUCUGAACUCUUGAAACAACCAGAUUUAAUAAACAAGGCAACCGAAGAGCUCGACAGAGUCAUCGGAAGAGAGAGAUGGGUUGAAGAGAGAGACUUCCCCCAACUCCCUUACAUUGAUGCGAUCGUUAAAGAAACCAUGAGGCUCCAUCCAGUUGCCGUAAUGCUUGCCCCACACGAGGCUCUUGAAGAUUGCAAUGUGUCCAGUUACGACAUCCGUAAAGGAACUCGAGUGUUCAUCAACACGUGGAGCAUCGGGAGGGACCCUGCGAUAUGGGAUGCACCGGAAGAGUUUCGCCCGGAAAGGUUUUUAGGGAGAUCGAUCGACGUGAAGGGGCAGAGUUUCGAGUUGUUGCCGUUUGGGUCCGGAAGGAGGAUGUGCCCUGGAUACAGCCUUGGACUCAAGAUGAUCCGGUCUAGCUUGGCUAAUAUGUUACACGGGUUCAAAUGGAGAUUGCCUGGAAAUUUGAGGGCUGAGGAUUUGAGCAUGGAGGAAGUUUAUGGACUGGCUACGGUUAGGAAAAUCCCACUGGUUGCAGUCUUGGAGCCUAGGCUCUCUGAUCACCUUUAUCAGUUGUGAAUUCGAAGUGGUAUUAUGUCCUGUUGAUGGUUCUGGUUUUAAGUUACCUGUUUUCAUUUUCGAGUGUCCGUUCCGUUUUAUGUUUGAACAAUAACCUCAUAUGAGAAGGCAUCACGUGGUGACACCCCAAGACCAUUAAAUAGUUUUUCCGAUGUAGGACUAAUAUGUAUUCAGUUUUUAAAGAGUCCAAUAUGCAAUUAAUAAUCGAUCAUUCGGUAUUGUAUAUUUAUUUUAUCUGUUACUGGUAAUGUUGGAAAGUCUCCGCCUCUGAUUAUAAGUUAAGUAUUUCCAAGUUUGUUCUUGUAAA